CGUCUAUUCGUAUCCCAGCAACAAGCUUCUGGAAAGCUGUUACCGUAGCGACAAGUAGAGUUUAGUCUUCGCAGACUGCCCUUCUCUGUAGUUUGGGCAAGUUGUAUCCAAGCGUCGGUGGCUCUUGAAAUCAGUGUAAAAUGGCGGACAGUUCGAUCCCUGCGGCGCUAGAUCCAGAAGAACUGCAGAUACAAAAUGCUAAAGCUUUUCUUCUACAAACGGACAAAUCCGGCCUCAGUCUGUAUGAGCACUUAUCUGCACUUUUGUCUCAGAUUCUGUCCGAGCGCCCACCCAACGCUUUGGAGGUAUUUGAAACACUGAGUACAGAGUUACACUGGUCUAGACUGAAGCAAGCGCCUGAUGCCCUUCGUGCCCCGAGAGAGGAGUCUCAUACCUAUGACAAAGCUAAGGUUCACCGGGCACUCUUCACACGUGGAGACGGGGAAGGAGAAGACAGUGAGGCAGAAGGAGAGAUGACAGAGUCCCCUCUUCCCAACCUUCUUGACCUGGCCCACCUGUUGCAGCAAGGUGGUGUGAAUCUAGGGCGAGAUGAAGCAGUCAGAAUAUCCCUGGCUCUCAAACGUCUUACAGACACCCAUCCACUGCAGGUCUGCCGCUUUUGGGGCAAGAUUCUGGGCAGUGGGGGUAGUUACCUGGUAUCGGAGGUUCAGUUCCGGGAGGGGGAAGAUGAUGAAGCAGAAGAGGGAGGCGAGGAAGAAGAGAAAGGAGAAGUAGAAGACGAGGUGGAUGAAGAAGAGAAUGAGGAAACAGAAGACCUGCCACCCAAAUCCACAUACCGCCCUCCACCUUUGAUACCCAAAGAAGAGAAUGGCACCGGGGCAAAUAAAUAUGUGUAUUAUGUGUGUCCAGAGGCAGGAGCUGAAUGGGUUAGACUGCCACCUGUUACCCCAGCUCAGAUCAUUGCAGCACGAAAGAUUAGACAUCUCUUCACAGGAAACCUUGAUGCCCCUGUUAUCACGUACCCCCCUUUCCCAGGAACAGAAAUAAACCUGCUUCGUGCCCAGAUUGCCCGUAUUUCAGCAGGAACCCAUGUUAGCCCACUAGGAUAUUACCAGUUUGGAGAGGAAGAGGGAGAGGAAGAGGAGGAAGGGGCGGUAAGGGAAACAUAUGAGGAGAACCCAGAAUUUGAGGGGAUCCCUGUGAGUGAGCUGGUAGAGAGUUUGUCCAAUUGGGUACAUCAUGUCCAGCACAUCCUUCCACAGGGCCGCUGUAUCUGGGUUAACACUUCUGUAAAGUCAGAAGAAGAAGCGGAUGAAGAGGAAGCAGAGGAAGAGGAAAAAGAGGAGGAAAAUGAGCCAGAGCCAGAAGUUGGUCCCCCACUACUCACGCCUCUUUCUGAGGAUGCAGAGAUUGGACAGACUCUACCAUGGACGGCAUUCCUCUCAACACAUCUAAUUCCACAUUAUGCUCUUGCAGUCCUCCGUUCUAAUCUGUGGCCCGGAGCUUACACUGUUGCAAGUGCCAAGAAGUUUGAGAACAUCUAUAUUGGCUGGGGUUUAAAAUACAUCCCUGAAGGUUACAGUCCCCCUGCACCUCCUCCACCACAGGCAGAAUAUCCCAGUGGACCAGAGAUCAGUGAAAGUACUGAUCCCACAGUUGAAGAGGAACAGGCUCUAAAAGCCGCAAAGGAGGAAGCAGAAGCAGCUGCUGAGGAGAUGGAAGAGGAAGAAGAUGAAGAAGAAGAAGAGGAUGAUUAAGGUUGCUCUAGUGCGUCAUGCUCUGUCCAGUCAUUUUCACUAAAUUGCUAUUUCUUUUGUAGCUGUUGUUUAAGAAAAUACAGAAAUUUUAAGGGGAAGUAUAUAAACACCCUUGUUCAAUAUAAGUACAAUGAAUAGGACUUGUACUGAA